AUGUUCACCGUGGUGUCGCUAAUGGAGGGAAUGCUUUUCACGGCGGUCGUGAUGUUACUGCUACUGUGUUGGCUAAGCGAAGCGAAUACGGACAUUGCCGUCUUAGUAUGGGACGCAAUCGUUCAAAUAAGGUACGCGCGUAUAUGCGAAAAGCCGUUUUAUGUUGUUUUUUGUCCGUUCUAAAACGAGUAAUCGGUGUCAUACAUCGGGCGAGUCUGUGCCGACGGAGAAUCGCGCCUCGCCAUCGUUACUCGUCGGCGAAUAAAGCCGACGACCGUGGUCCGCCUUUGCCGUCACUCGCCGGCUGUUUUCCUAUGAGAAAUAUACGUGAACAAUACCCUGUCCCGUGUCCGCGACUGGGCUAAAUUUUUAUUCGGAUUUCAGUAGCCCGGCGUAGGUACCUACGGUUUUAAUCGCUGACGAACGGCGCGUGCAAUAAUUCGCCAAACGUAAUCCGACGUUACUGCUAAAUGCAGAUAAAGCCGACAUUGUACGGAUAUUUUUUUUCUAUGUUAACUAUCUGCGUACACAAUAUACGUUUUUAGUCGGUACCUAAUGACCGUUUCCAUCAUCGCUCGACCCGAACCGCCGCGGGGCCUAGAAACUCGAAAUUCAGCACGGAAGUUUAUUAUAUUUCGUACAACGAUAAUAUAUAGGCAACUGUAGACUAUAUGUUCUAGAAACUAUAAAGGAUUUUUAGAAAUUCGACCACCGAUGACCGGGCGGCCGCACAUACGUUUUAUUCCUUAAAAUACGGAUAUUGCGAUUUUUCUUUUUCCUGCAUACUCCUGGAUUCUAUUUUUUGUGCAUGUGAGAAGAAAACUGUACUGUUUUCGUUUUGUUACAUUUUUUAAUUCGAGUGUCGUAAAAUAAUCCACGUGCGUGAAAUUUGUCACUGGCAAGACCGUUGCCUUCAAACCUUAUUUAUACAAGUAAACUACAAUUCGAAAUUUCGAUGAUUUGACAAGAAAUGAACGGUUAGUAAUGAUAUUACCCCGAAAUAAAAUAGCGCCAUUAAAAUAUAUGUUAUAAAAUACAAAAAUGUAUAUUGUUUUUUUUUUGUCUAAUAUCCUUCUGUGUUACACGAGAGAAAAAAUCAUAAAUUUAAUUUAUAAUAUAAUAAUGAAAACUUAUACAUGUUUCUAAACGGAAAGUUCGAUCUUUUUAGUCCGAGGUUUAAUACCUGUUCGAUUUGUGUCCUUACAAAUUACACAUAUGAUUAUAUUUUAAGUGUGUUAGAAAUUAUUACAAUAUAUACUAGAUCGAUGAGUUUUAAAUUUAAUUACAGAAACAUUUGUCAAGUUAUAAUAAGGGAAGAGUGUAAGACGGGCAGAAAUGAGGAUCCGGAUGUCGGAGAACCCGAGUCAGCGGAUUCUUCCGGUAAUCAAGUUUGUGAUCAAGUUUCGACUACUUUGAUGGCUGACCUUAUUUCCCCGUCAUUCCCCCUAUACGUUUGGUGUUCACAGUCAGGAGAUAAUGCUACCCAAAAUAUCGGUAAAUAUACAUUCUAAGAUAGACUUCCGUAUAAAAACAAUGACAAACACCUACCUGCCUCCUAAUAAAUUAUUGUUGAUUUUAUGUAGACGAAUCCUGCAUGGAGAGCAUAAUUCGAGUUGUCAAUUUGACAAUUAGAGGGGACCAACCCGUCGAGAAAUCUAUAAAAUAUUUUCAAUUUAUUUUAUUUGAUUUAAAUAUGGGAGAGGUAAUAAUAUUUUUGAUAUUAGUUGUAUGUAUUUAUUUUUUUUUCAUUUUGUUACAAUUAUUUUCAUUUUCACUAUUUAUUUAUUACCAAUAUUUAAUAAUUUAUCAUAAAAAAAAAAAAAAAUGUAUAUGUUACAAUGUGAUCAUAGUUAUGUAAUUUAAAAAAUGUAAUUGUUUUUUAAACAUUUCGUAGCAAAUGUAUAGGCGUAUUUAUUGCCACUUGCAUGAUCAGUUGAUUUGGUGGUAUCGCAUUGGCGUUUCGGAAAUGGAUAUUGUCGGGAAACUUUAUGGAGGUUUUAUAGUCCUAGGAAUGAGACUGUAAGUGAUUUUCUAAGGUUUUAGUAUAAAUAAUUACACUUAUAAGUUAGAUUGCAUAAUAUGUGUUCUUUUAGCAAUUUACCAGACGAUUGGAAGCCGAGUGCCAGAAUGGUCUUAAACCAUUUAGAAAAUUAUGACAUUAAAUAUUUAACCUUCGCCCGAUCCGCGUUUAAACAAUUAAACCAAGAUUUACCGAAGGAGUAUUCACAUCUAAUCAAGGUAAGUUCAAAAAAAAAAAAAAAUAAUAAUAAUAAUAAUAACUGUUAAUGUAUUAUUUUAUACUUAUACAAUUUCUAAGAAUAUUAAAUCGAAUUAAUAUUCGAUUCGCGGAUUAAACAAUAUAGCAAAUAAUAAUAUAGUAGGCAACGGAAUAGCCAAUAAGUAUCGCGAAACAUCAUUUUCGUAUCAGAAAGUCGCGGUAUUUACAAAACUCAGAUAAGAAUUACUUAACGAUCACUACCACCACAUGAUGUACUUAAAAUAUGGUGGUAGGCAACACGUGAAUUGUAGAAGAAAUCUGAGAUUUUGGUACGGCGAAAUGAUUCUCGUGAUAAUCACGUACUAAUAUAUUAUACUUUGCUACUGCAAAAUAUGCAUCUCAGGAGACUGCAGGCGUUGGUUCUGGUGAAUUUUUACGAUAUUAUAUACCACACACCAAACAUGCCGUAGGAAUAGGUAGCUAACAAUAAGUAAUAAAAUGUCAAAACAAAAUAAUUUAUCAAUUGAUAAGUAACCAUUUUGUGUUAGUGAAACUAUACAAAUUGUCUCACAAUCGAUAUUAUUAUAACCAAACGUACGCAAUAUUUAAUGUACCUACUUAUAUUUUCAGAAUAUGAUCGACAAGCCGCGGAUAAACACCAUGCAAAAAAAGAAGCCUAUUGUCCUGCCGUCAUACGCUUAUAACUAUGAGUAUUUGUAA